GCCCGCAUAAGCCCCUUACCGAACCCAAAAAACAGAGCGCGCCAAAACCCUCUUUUUGUGUCGAUUUGGCUAGGGUUGAUUCGCGUCCGAAAUGGCUUCUCCUCCAUCGAAGCGUCGACGUAAGAAGGAAAGCGAAGAAGAAGGAGAUUCUCUGAGGAAUAUCUCACCACUUGUGGUUUUCGCCCACGGCGCUGGAGCUCCUUCCUCUUCCGAUUGGAUGAUCAGAUGGAAGGAAAUGCUAGGAAAUGCAUUGAACGCUGUUGAAGUAGUUACCUUCGACUACCCAUACAUCUCUGGAGGAAAACGCAAAGCUCCUCCCAAGGCAGAAAAAUUAGUAGAGUACCACUCAGAUAUUGUCAGAAAGGCUGCUGCGAAACAUUCUGGGCAUCCACUGAUUUUGGCAGGGAAGUCCAUGGGUUCAAGAGUCAGUUGCAUGGUCGCAGUCAAGGAAGAUAUACGUCCUUCUGCAAUAGUUUGUUUGGGCUACCCACUGAAGAUACCUUCAAGUAAUGGAGAAUUUGUUGGUGGAAUUGUUCUGCUUCAAAAAAUGUUUUGGUUCUCAAUGCAGGGUAGUAAAGAUGGACUCUGUCCAUUAGAUAGGCUGGCUGCCGUCCAAAAGAAGAUGAAGUCUGUCAACGCGCUGCAUGUUAUUGACGGUGGAGACCAUUCUUUCAAGAUUGGGAAAAAGUUUCUGCAGUCGAGCGGAUCAAGUCAGGACGAAGCUGAAGAACAAGCUGUAAAAGCAAUUGCAGAGUUUGUCUCCAAAUCAAUCGAAAGCCUAAGCUGACAUCUCGUCUUUAUGGAAAAAAAAGAAAAAGAGAAAAAGACAUCUUCUGUUUAUGAAGCAUGCAUUUCACAUAAAAGGUAUGAGCAUUUUGGCUUCUCGUUUUGUAGAAGAGCCUUUCUUCUACAACAGUUUGUUUUCCUUUUGAUACUGGGAGAUAAUUCAGUAGAAUGCUGAGCUUCCAUGUCACUUAGUACACAUGGCUGUUGGAAUGGUGAAUCUUGAUAUGA